GUCAACUAUGUCUACGCUCCUGAGUUGUUCCCGACGGAGGCUCGCGCCAGGGGGUUCGCCUUCGUCAGCGUGAUGGGCAGCAUCGGCUUCUCCUGUGCUCCACUCAUCACACACAUCCUGGAGGAGUAUGCUUGGUGGGCUGUUAGUGUCACCUUCGGUUGUGCUGGCAUCUUGGGCAGUCUCAUGGUCCCCUUCCUGCCGGAGACGAACAAGAGGCCUCUGCCGGAGACACUACAAGACGUGGAGAACAGACACAAAUGGAGGAGAGGUGCACGCAACACUCUGGAAGAUGAUGGAGUCUGCCACACAAACAUGACUCCACUCCUGGAGACAGCUCCCAGCGGCAGCAACACUCCUGAGUCUCCACUCUCCCACCAACACAUCUCUCUCCACCACCAGCACAUCUCUCCCCACCACCAUCACAGUCCUCACCACCAACAAUACAUCCCAGCUGGCCACAUCUGUGAAGCAGACAACCCACCAACAAACAAUGCUUCCAGUAGCAGUGUAUUAUAACAACCGCUAGGGAAUAUUUAAUUAAUAAUAUAUUCAUGGGAAAACAUUAACUCGUAGAAGUCAUACAGAUUCUGAGUAAUGGAAGAUAAACAGAAUGAGAUACAAUGUAACAUCCUUUACAAGUUUACUUUUGAAAGUAAUAAUUUUAAAAAUAUUUUGUAAUAUAAAUCACACUUCGUUAAGAUUUGAGCUGUAGUGACUAUUCCAUUAUAUGAAGAUUAGUUUUUCUAUCAGUGUUAGAUGACAGUCGACACAUAAUGGACUAUGGUACAGUAUGGUGGGGAACCAAGAGCCCAGAGGCUCAAGAAUCAAUGAUUUUUCCCGCAUUUCCUAAACCGAAAUUAAAGGAACGGUUGAUUUUGAACGUCAAAUUGCAUCACUAAAACUAGCACCAGCUUUACUAAAUAGGCUGGACAGGUACACUAGCGGAAAUGGUUAGGGCGAGUAAGACCUGCCUAGGAUUGGCUAGUAAGCUUACUCCAAUGUUCCUUUACUCUUUUGUUCUUAUUUUAAUACUAUUGAUUAUUUUGGUCAGCUGAGCCAACAGUUUCCUAACGAAUGUCUUAUGAAUGGCUCUGUUCGUGUGUCUAUUUUAAAUUAGUUGCAGUUUAAAAUAGUUAGCUGAGUUGGUUAGAGAAAAUAUUUAGUUAUCAUGUUUUAUGUUUGUAUAUAUUAUACGUAUUUAUGCUUAUAUUCUCUACAGUAUAU